AUGUUUCGGUGGAUUGUAAACAAGUUUAAACGUGGCGAGGACCAGCAGACUUGGACCGCGGAGGAACUGGCCGCGGAGGAAUGGGCCGCGGAGGAAAGGGCCGCGGAACAACGCGCCGCGGAGGAAAGGGCCGCGAAGCAGUGGGCCGCGCAAGAGUGGGCCGCGCAAGAAUGGGCCGCGCAAGAAUGGGCCGCGCAAGAACGGGCCGCGCAAGAACGGGCCGCGCAAGAACGGGCCGCGGAGGAAAGGGCCGCGGAACAACGCGCCGCGGAAGAAAGGGCCGCGGAACAACGCGCCGCGGAGGAAAGGGCCGCAGAUGCCGCCAAAAAGGAGGAAAAAAAAAAGAAAGAGGCCAUGAGGCGGAUUAGAAAUAAAAUGAAGAAGAAGGAGGGUAGGAGAUUACGGGCCCAACAGCGGCCGUGGAUGGCCAGAGACCAAUCUUCACCAACAGCAAUCAUACAUGCCAUUAAACGUGCCACUACAUAUGCACGUGCCAAUACAAUGUUGCCGGCAAUGGCAACCACUACAGAAUUGCCUGCAU